ACACAACCAACUGCGCAAACUCACAUCUGUCACGAUCCACGUGUGUGAUCAACAUGGUGGUUUUCUACUUGGAAAAUCACACGUGUGGUAAAACAAGUGUGUUUUGGGUUGGAUGCUAUGUGUUCUUCGUUGUUGACCACCGACCGGUGAAUGUUGUGUAAAAACCAGUAGAAGUUAGCUCAGAUGAGAAGAAUAUUUCCCCAGCUGAAGAACAAAAUGGCAUUUACUUUAAGAAAAGUCUUGGUGUUGGACAAUGUGGCGAGCUGCUGUGCCCAGGUUUUACAGGAUAACGGCAUCCAGGCAGAUUCGGUCGCAAAACUGAGUAAAGAAGAGCUUCUGGCCAAAAUACAGAAUUAUGAUGGGGUUAUUGUUCGCUCAGCCACAAAAAUCACAUCAGAUGUUCUGGACGUGGCUAAGAACCUGAAAAUUAUCGGAAGAGCUGGAACCGGUGUUGACAACAUCGAUGUCACUGCAGCGUCGCGUCAUGGAGUCAUUGUCAUGAACACACCAGCUGGUAACACACUGAGUGCCGCCGAACACACCUGUGCUAUGAUGUGUGCUAUGUCAAGAUACUUGCCCCAGGGUCACAUGUCACUGAAGCAAGGUCGAUGGGAUCGUAAGCUGUUCAUGGGGAGCGAGCUACACGGCAAGACGCUCGCAAUCAUCGGUCUCGGUAAAAUAGGAAAAGAGGUAGCCACAAGAAUGCAGUCUUUUGGAAUGACGACCAUCGGUUAUGAUCCGAUUAUCCCGGCCUCAGAAGCUGCAGAGUUUAAUGUGGAGUGGAUGGAACUAGAACAGAUGUGGCCAAAGGCUGAUUACAUCACCGUGCACACCCCUUUGAUUCCACAAACAAGAGGCCUUAUCGGAGAGAAGAGUUUCCCACAAUGCAAGACUGGCGUGCGCGUCAUUAACGUUGCGCGAGGGGGUAUCAUCGACGAGGAAGCAUUGCUGAAGGCGUUGGAGUCUGGUCAGUGCGGAGGCGCUGCCCUUGAUGUAUUUGAGCAGGAGCCACCGACAAACCUUGCCCUGGUACAGCACCCCAAGGUCGUUGUAACGCCCCACCUCGGAGCCAGUACUGAGGAGGCACAGCUUCGCGUUGCCAUGGAGAUUGCCGAACAGUUUGUGGAUGCAGUCAACGGAAAAUCUCUCUUUGGAGCUAUCAACGCUCGCGCUUUGAGUAGCGCCCUCAAGCCGGAAACUAAGCCGUUAGUGUCGUUGGGUGAAUGUCUGGGAGCCACAGCCAGAGCGUUGUACGGUGAAGUGAACCAACAGACAGAGGUUCAAGUCAUCACAUACGGUGAAGGUUUGAAGAAUGCUGGUUCGUACCUGGGGGCAGCCGUAACUGUUGGCUUGCUGAAGAGUGCCACAUCGAACGGCAUUAAUCUGGUGAAUGCAGGAGUGCUGGCCAAGGAGGUCGGAGUUCAGCUUGCCACAAGUCACCAAGACGCCGCCCCUGCUAACCUCCCUGGUGCUCUGGUCUCAGUGCUGGUCACAUUACAGGGAGUCAGACACGUACUCAGUGGCUCCGUCAUGAAUGACCGGCCGGUGCUGCUGGAGAUCGACGGGGGUGUGUUUGCCAGCGGGGUCGUGCUGCAGGGCAACAUGUUGGUGUACCAGACCCAAGUCAGUGCUACAGUGUUUCCCGCUAUUGCAAGUGUGCUGUCAACAACCAAUCAGAUCCUGUCCUACGGUACGACCAUGCCUUCCAAAAACAGCUCAUGGAGUGUGAUACAGCUAGCCUCCCCUCUCCCCAGCGCAGAGAGUCUCAAACAGCACGUCACCUUUGCCGCUCAGUUGAGUCUGUAAUCUCACACAAGGGCAGUAUAUACAACACUGCAACUACGUUCGGAGAGCAGGGCUAAAGAUGACCAAAAAAUCACAUGCUGGAAAUCAUCAUGCACCAGUGCUAUUUUACAAUGGGAAUACAAUCAAAAUGUAUACCCAACGGCAGACAUUUUGGUUUCAUACUCACUACCUUGAGCCCAAUUUCAUGAAGCUGCUUAAAUUAUUUCUUUGCCGAGCAACCACAAUCUUUGUCUUGUGCCUUGUGGUCAUUAUCAAUCAUGAAUAGAAAAUCUAAUACCAACAAAGGGGAACGGUCUGUUUUAACCACCCAGCCUCUUGUUGGUUUGCAUUUGCGAGAAUUAAUACCCAAUAUGGCUGCACCAGAGUAAAGUUAAGAUUUACAAAGUUGUCAUAAGGCAAGAGUUUAUUUUAUUAUGCUAACGAGAUAAAUGAGUGAUAAUUGGAAAGUAUUAAUUUUAGCUUCAAGAGUUGUUUCAGUAAUUCUCCCAAUGAUUUGUAUAUCAAGAUGGAAAAUCUGACUUACAAUUUCUUUUGUCUUCAGUUUUGUUUAGAUGUUGGGGAAAAAAAAUAGAGGGACAAAAUUAAUCACAUUUGAUGCAAUUUUCAAAAAGGCCAUGUUAUCAACGGAAGAUAAUCAAAUAUCAAAUUCUGAAAUGUUUUAAUGUGAAGUGCAGUGGAUCAAAGAGAUUAACUUUCUGUGAAAAUUUUUGCAAUUGUGUCAUGAAAUGACAAUGUAAUAAUUAAGUAUGAAAUUAUGAGUAAAUUUUGCUGCAAGUUUCUUGAACAAUGUCUGAUAAAUGCAGAGUCCAGUCUGUUCUUUAAUCAGCUGAUUGUAUUCAAUUGAUUGCAAUUUGAUUGUAGUCCUAUAAUAAAUUGUAACUCUUUAUCACCGUUAGUGGUUGAACUUUAACCUUUGACCUGCUCGGGGUCAAGAUGUUGAAGUUUGUGGUAGCAACCAUCUCAACAAAGGGUGUCAAGGCUGAGUGGUUCUGAGCAUCAAAUUUAAGUUCUGGUUGUUAAGUAAUUGGGAUGUGGGUUCGAAUCCUUGUAGUGACACUUGUGUCCUUGAGCAAGAUCCUUUAUACUACAAUUGCUGCUCUUCACCCAGGGGUAUAACCAUACAUUAAAUACCAUUGUUGUACCUAAAUAACUUUAUUUUGUAUUUCCGCUUCCAUUCGUUGUAUUAUUUGUUGUUCAUAUUACAUGGACCAGAGUGUGACUGCGAAAACGUUGUUUAUUUUGCCUUGAAACAUUUGAUUUUAUUUGUUGAAGUGAAUGUGAAGAUAUUACAGCUGAAAAAUAAAUAAAAAUGUAGUAUUCAUUUCAA